AUGGAUGUGGCACCAGAUCUGAAAGAUAUGAUGGUUGGACCGUGGGGUCGACGCUCUAUUGACUCCCUUUCAAAAACGCUGAUGCUGCCAUCGAUAGCAUAUCUCAUGUCACCAGAGGAUUUCAAACUAGAAGAGGCACCCCCUUAUAGACUGGACACCCGUGGUCUAGAGAAGAUUCUCGCUUCCUACUCCCAGCCUCUGCGGUUUAUUCAUUUCCAGGCACUCAACGUCAGGAGCAAAGUCGAUGUACCCCGCCCCGCAUUCCGCUAUCUUGAAAACUUCUGCACGACUCUUCAACAUCUAAUCCUUGACUAUGGGGUUGAAGCCCGUCUUUCCGGGUCCAGGAUACGAUCUCUAAAGAAGUUUAUCAAUUUGAAACUUCUGUUCAUCACCGCAAAUCUGAUCUAUUCUACGCCUGAUGCUGAUUCUAUAAGAGAUCCGGGCUCUCUUGUCAAGUUCCUGUCUGAUCAGAUUGACUCCUUUACGGUGAUUAACUGGACCCUACCGCUAUUUCAAGAGACACCCCUUAAAUAUGCCUUCAAUGGGUUACUAAAGGCUAUGGCACUUGAGGUCUGA